AUGUCGCAUGGGUUUCAAUUGGCUGACUCGAUGACAAUGACGCGGCCGACAUCGGCGGCGCCUCGAUCAUCCACCGUCAUGUCGUCUGCGACGCCCCCUCUGUUCCGUCUAACGUGCUACAUCCUUCUAAGCCUCCUCUUGUGCUUCUUUCUUGUGCUGCAUGUCGUCGGCUCCGUCUUGGUGCUUCUCGCUGCGAUUGUCCUCCGUGUACGCGCUCGCGCGACCACCACAGACUUCCCCGACCGGUCAAAGUCGUUGGUGUCCACGUACCGCAAGACAUGGCUAGCUCUGUACAAGGCAGACGCGUACAUCCUGUGCUGGUAUAGGCCCCGCCUUGCCGACGAACUGCACGUUCCUCGCGACGAGUCCGAGGUGGCGGACGACCUGUGGGCUCAUUUCGCGUACUUUUACCUGUGGCGCGGCGUGGUUGGCACGUGUAUCGCCGCCGUGCCGACCGUGUUUUGGACCACAGCCGUGUCCUUCUUGGUCGCCUUCUUCAAUGCGUCCCCAGCCGAGGACAUCGUCGCCGACACGUUGCCGUCCCAACCCCUGCCCUGGACCCUACUUCUGGACGGCUGCGCGUACAUUGCCCUGGGUAUCGUCGUGGCCAACGCCCUCAUACCGUGGUGUCUCGAGUGGUGUGUGCAUGCCAACAUGCUGCUGUUUCCCGCUGUCAACUACAAUUUGCACUUUGAGGAAGGGGCGCCGCUGAUCGAGCCCCCGUCUUCUUCGUGGACCCAACGAGCAACUCAACUCGCCUUGUCUGCUGCGAAAAGGCGCCCUGGAGCGGUGAUGGAGAAGACAUUUGACGAUGCCGUCAAGUCGCUGGUCACGUCCAAGGGGGUGGCAGCAGAGCUCAAACGCGUACAUCAUCGCACUCUGGCCAAGCAACACACACAUCAGACCCUGCUCCUCGUCCGGCGACUCCUCGAGCACUUCGUCACCACGGUGCCGUCGGGUGGUGCUGGCGUUAGCCACUGGGUCGACUCGACGGUGGCCCCGUUGCGGAAAAGUAUAGCCGGCUACGACGAUGACCAAGGGCGGCUAGCCAACCAACUCGAGCGCGUGGAGGCUUUGUUACGUCAACUGACCGAUGGGUCGUUGGCUAAGUCUGGUGAAUGUGGAGUCAGUACGUCGCCAAUGGGGGUGACAGUCGUUCACGGCGCGCAACCUCCGACUAGCCAUGUCGACUCUUUGUAUGCAAAUGCGGCUACGUUCCCCUCGUCGCUCGAAGGGAGGCCUCGGCAAGAUGCUCAACGAACUACCGCUAGCGGCGACGGCAAGUCCAGUGUCAACGAACGCUCAGAUCUUGAAGGCUACGACGACGACGUUGUGCAGGACAUGACGCCACGUCGACAAAAGCGACCGACACAGUUGGCCCAGCUGGGCGCGGAAGAAUCACCCGAGUAUCAUGUAUUGUUGUCCCCUACGUCAGACGCUGCCACGUAUGGCAUGCUGUCGCCCCCAAACCGAGCCGACACGGGCAUCUUUCGGUCCAUCUUUUCGACCGAGUUGGUUGAUACUAGUAGUAAUACUAGUAGUAGUAGUAGUACUACUACUAGUCGAGACGACGCGGUGCACUUUCAAGCGUACGCGCCGCCCGUGGUGGCCGCGCCGUCCACGUUUGAGUUUGCCGUGUGGGCGUUUUUGGUGCACCAGCGGGACGAAGUGCGCGAACUUGCAGUGUCGUCGUCGGCAUUGUCGCGCGAAGUGCUGUUGCCGGUGCGGCGCGGCGCGCUUGCGCACGUGACACUUGAGGUGCCACGUGGUUUUGCCAUCCUGGACGAACCGACCAAGGCCAUGGAUUGGCAGGGCGACGUCACCACCGUCCAGUUCCAAUUGCAGUGCACUUCAAGUUCUUCCAACGACGGCCAAGCGAUGAUUCAAGCCACGAUCGUCGUCGGCGCCAAGGUCAUGAAGCUCAAGGCGUACCUGUUUGUGAGUGGAAAACCAACCCACGCCCAGUCAGAUGAUGACGUGGCAGCGCUGUCGUGCGAGCUCGAGCGUCUCGAAGAAUCGUUCCACGAGAUUGCCUUUGACGACCUCGACGUCCACGACGGCCAAGUUGUCGGGGCAGGUCACUAUGGGGACGCCGUCCGGGCAACUUAUCGUGGUGCAGAGGUAGUGGUCAAAACCCUUCGACCCGACGCUUUUGGUUCCAACUCGGAUCAAAUCGUCCGCGAAUUCCGCCAUGAGGCCGCGGUGCUCAAUAUGUUUGGCCAUCAUCCCAACAUCGUGCCGUUCGUGGGGGCGUCCACCGACCUCUCCAAGCCGUUGACCCUUGUCACAUCGUACUUGUCAUACGGCAGCGUGGCCGAUUCUUUUACGGUAUCAUCGAACGUCAAACUCUCCUUGUCGCAGAAGGAAAUCGUCUUGUACGACGCCGCCGCGGGCCUACUCAAUGUGCACGAAGGCGGGUUUGUGCAUCGCGAUAUCGCAGCCAGGAACGUCCUUAUUGACCCCGUUGGUCGCGGCAAAGUGUGCGACUUUGGCUUGUGUCGCCGGGUCGAUGCUUCCAUUGGGGGGUGGCAUUUUCAGCACGGACACUUGCCUCUCCGGUACAUGGCUCCAGAGUCCCUACAGCCGCCGCACGCGUUUUCAUUCAAGUCGGACGCGUAUAUGUUUGGUGUGUUGAUGUGGGAAACACUCACCGAGGCCAAACCAUUUGGGGCGCUGGCUCCGCAAGACGCUGCCGCUCUCGUGCUGGAAGGCCACCGGUUGGCCUACAACAACAAGGAUGGCAGCAACACCAUUAUCCCCCCCAAGUACCAGCAUCUCAUGGAAGGAUGCUUUGCAGAAGAUCCGGCCAAGAGGUUGUCUAUGGUGGAGCUCGUGCACGCGCUUGGGCGGUUGAAUGUCGUCUAGCGUUGAAGGAGGACUAGUUAGUAGUAUGAGUAUUGAGGACGGGAUAAUAUUAUUUUUACACGGCAUACAAGG